GAAAAAUCGCCAUGGACGACACCGUCUACCCGCCCGUUCGCCUUCAGCCACUCGCCUCACGGCCCUUAUCGGAAAAACACGCGCAAGCAAGCAUCGACGCCUUCCUGGAUUCAUACUACGCCCGCGGGAUGCAGAACGGCGGGUCAGCGGAUAGCACAGUCACCGCUCAACUCCAGAAGCUCAGCGCCGCGCUCAAGGACGGGCGUGCAAGGGAAAAGGCGCUCAGACAGUAAUCACCGUGAUUGUGGCGGGGUUGGGGUGCGGAUUCGAGGGCGAUGAUGGUGUGAUAGGCGUUAGAUGUCGGGCGAGGGGCGAGGGGUAUCUGGACUAUGGAUGGUGCGGCAUAAAGUUGCGGAUCUGACGCGGGUCGGCGGGAGCGAACAGAACAGACUUGAUGCGGCUCCAAACCAACUGCGGCUCACGCGGGCCUAUUCUUGUCUACACCUUGGUUCUGGGGUGCAGUCGCGAAUUGCAAAACGCCGAGCGUCUACUCUGGUCUGCGGGUCAGAGUGCGCAUCACAACCCUUUUGGCUCCAUGCGCAUGCACCCUACUCUACGUCUUAUUUACCAUCUGUCGCCCUUAAAUGAACUAAUUGAUCUUUGUGGCGCC